AUGAAGGCAGCAUACCUCCUCACUCUCCUUCCCCUCGCGUUCGCGCAGGAAGUCGUCGAGCGCGAUGAGCAGCCUCACAUCUCCGUCACAAUGUACGACUCCCCACACUCCGCCGCCGGCAGCACCUGGAUCAUCCACACCACCGUCUCCUACUCUGUCGGCCCUGGCUACACUAAGAUGAUCACCGGCGCGCCCGCCACAUCCACCUCCACCUCCUGGGGGGCUCCUGCCUCCACUGGCACCGGCAGCUGGGAAGCCGUCAGCGGAAAGACCUCCGCUUGGGUUAGCACGCCUGCGGCGCCGACGCCAACUCCGGCCAUGUACAAGGGCGAUGCUGCCAAGGGUGCGAUGGGUGUUGGUGCUGUUGCUGUUGCUGGAUUGGCGAUGUUGUUGUAA